UGAGUUUCUAUCACAGUAACUUUCCCUACCCUUUGAAGAAGGGAUCGGUUUGUUGUUUGGUGACUCGUCAUUUACCUUCUGCUCUCCUUGUAGAAGGAAAAAAGCAAAAUAAUAGUUACUUUCAACAGACGAUAAACAUCAAUUUGAUUUCCGUCAAACAGAACAGAAAGAAAUUGAAAUGACGGACAUAUCGGCAAUGAAGGAACAGCAAAAACUCUUGUACCGACUGCAACACAUCAUUCCGCGCAGUUUAGGCACAUCAAUUUUUCACAACAACAAACAUGAAGUUGUGGUGCCCCAGACAUCUGAUGGUCCCGAGGACGUUGAAUUUCAAAUGACUUGGGGGAAAGUAGCAGCCAGAAUCUGGGGACCACCUGAUGGACGUCCGGUAUUUGCAAUCCAUGGCUGGCUAGACAAUGCUGGUACCUUUGAUACCCUGAUACCUUUACUGCCCAAAGACCUGCGCAUAAUCGCUGUUGAAAUGCCCGGGCAUGGACUUAGCGAUCCCUUUCCGCCGGAUAUUGCGUACAAUUACCUCGACUGCUUCCUCGCUAUUGAACGAUUCGCCAGUUACUUCAAAUGGACAAAAUUUUCGUUUCUUUGUCACAGUUUAGGAGCUACAAUGUCCAUGAUUUACGCCGGCGUGUUUCCCGAAAGGGUAGACAAGCUGGUCUCAAUAGACAUCGUACGAUUGGAAACAACUCGUCCAGAAACCAUAGACGUGAGAUUUCGAAAAACAAUAGGGAAGCUGCUCAAGUAUGAGGCUGAAAUAAUAGCAGGGCCGGAGAAACCUUUCAGCUAUGAAGAAGCCGUAGAAAAAUGCAUUGGUGGGACUUUUGGCUCGCUUGACCGGAAAGCCUGCGAUAUUCUAUUCAAGAGGGGUCUGAAAAAAGUUGAUGGCGGUUACGUUUUCCGUCGUGAUCGGCGACUGCUGGCUGCCCCGUUAUCAUUUGCUCCCAAAGAGGACCAGCUCGUCCUUGCCCGUAAAGUCACUGCUGAUGUCCUGAUUAUAAAGUGCACUGAUGGACCUGAUUUUGAAACUGCUGAAAAUUCCUUGGAACACGUUGAAGCAUUGAAAAUUAACUGUAAACGGGUUCUAUAUGUUACCGUCGAAGGCAAGCAUCACACCCAUCUAACACAUCCAGAGCGAGUUGCUCCAAUUAUUACCGAUUUUUUUAAUUCUUAAAAAGAUAAUUCCACGAAAAUAUUAUCAGUCUAAGUCUGUCACCUUUGGUAAUUUUCAUUAAGGAUUCAAUACUUUUUUGCCUGGCUACACAUAUUUCAUUUAAGGUUUGCAAACUUAUACAUACUACGUGCCUGAACGUCAG